AUUUCUGAUUCAGUUCACGACAUUCAGAGAGGUUACACAACCCAAAUAUUCCAAAUUUUCUACUUGUCGAAAUUUUUAGUUUUUUAGUUUUAUUAUUGUUUUUAGUUAGUUUGUGUGUGAGUUGAAUAUGGCCGAAACAAAAACUUUUAGUCUUUUAGCGAAUGUCUGUAGGUGUUUUAAUGUGCGCAAAAAUGCAUUUAGUUGUUGGAGUCGAGCCUGGAAUAAAUUCGCCCUGAAUAGUUUGAAUAUAAAUCGAGAGCCAAUGCAGCAGUCACAAGGCGGUGCGGGCUGGUCGAAAAACGGACCACUGAGUACGGUUCUGCGGAAUGUCUCCGAAUCACUGAGACUAAUGGAGAAGAAGCGAUUCGAAUGGUCAAAGGGUGAUGUGCGGCCGAAAAACAGCGAUCAAGUGCUGCAGCAAAACCGCGAUCAAGUGCUGCAGAUGCAUUUGCAGGAGAGGCAAAGCGAGCAGCGAAGACGGAUGAGACCGUACGCCGCCGCCAGGCCCAUGGAAGCCGAGGGCGGCAUGAGGCAAAGACUCGUGGAUCUAAUGAAGACCAACAUCACGCAGACGGAGACACCGUUGCUGAGCUACGAUGACCUAAAUCUGGCCAGCAAGUAUGCCCGGUUCGUGGAGAGCCAUUACGAUGAUUACCCCGCCCACAGUAAAGCCCAGCGAAGAGUAAGGAAUGUGUGCCCCUCAGUUGAGGAGCAGAAUCAGAUGGCCUACCGCCAGGAGUACGUUUGGAACAGAAAGCCACCGCUGGAAUAUACCACACUGCCGGAAUCCGGAUGGAUACGGGAUCAGCAGAGUAUCAAGGAGCAGCAGCGUCACAAGGAUCAGCAGACUCCCAAGCAGCAGCUGCGUUUGGAGGAGCAACAGGCAAACUACAGAGAAAUAUCCGGCAUAGACAAUAAAAUUCUAAGAAAUGAUCGCAUUAUGCGAUGCAUACGAAACGUGGAGCAUAACGCCCAUAUACCAAUCGAUUUCAAGCCCCAGACAUAUCGCCAUGGCUAUCACUGGGACUUGAGGAAAAGCCAAAGUGAUGUGAAACUCACGUUUGCCAACCUAACGUCGAUACCCAAGAUGCGACAGCAACAGAAACGUACGAGGCAGAUGGCCGAACGAAAAGUCACAGAAAAGCAGCAGCAGCCAUUGCCUGAACAAAAGGCUCAACGAAAAGUCACAGAAAAGCAGCAGCAGCAGCCGCAGCAGCCGCAACAGCCACUGCAACUGCAACUGAAAAGACAAAAAGGUGCCAAAACCUCAAGGAAAACCGUCAGAUUACGAAUAUAUUCCAUCACAUCGUACUCUCAGCGAAAUGAAGAGCAUAAAUAUAAACAUAAAGCCCAAGAAAAUGAAUAAAAUUGGCUCAAAGUCUGAGACCAAGUCGAAAAGGUUUCCCCGCAGAGGAUGAGGAGCAUGCUAGACUAGCAUUUCACGCUCCUUAACAGACUGUACGCCCGCCUCAUGGUAUUUGUAGGAUCUUCAGAAGGCAGGACUUUUCCUUAUUGAUCAGCAGAAGAAGGAACCGGAGGUAAGGUUCAUUCUUGAACCUCGAAACCUCUAUUUUGUUGCAAAUAUAACCAACAAUUACAGGCUCGAGGUGCUCUGUCCUUGGGGAGAUUUUUAAACGCUAUCUUUUAGUUUCAGAUGUAGUAAAGUUUCGCGUUUAAUAAACGCUUUGAAUGUUG